CUACUGUACUGUGCUCUGGAGGCCAUGCAAGAAGCACCACUCGCCGCUCGUUACACUCCAUCACCCAUUGACCACCGCUCACCCUCGCACUCCCAUCCCGAUCUCACCCUCUCCGCUCUCCACAUCAGCCGAAGCGUGCCGUCUGACAUCCUCCAUCGUGGCUGAACCGACCGUCCGACAGCGAAGCAGCAGCGUACGCGGAGUGUCGACGCCGCUAGGCGCUCAGCUUCCAGCGCCCGCGAUGCUGCUCCCCAAGGGCGGUGGUGGCAUGACAUGGAAGAGUGCGCGCGCAAGACUCCCUCCCACCCGAGCGAUAUGGAACUUCUUGACCCGGACGCGAUUUCUGCUCUUCGUAGCCAUUGCGGGGAUAAUUAUAUUAAUAUGGAACGGCGUUAGGGGGACAGCUGGUGACUUUCAAAAGUUCUAUUGCUUCGGUCCGGCAAAAUCGCCCAUGCAGAUGUCACCGAACGAACAGGCGCAAUGGGCAGGACAUUUGCAGACACCAGUCAUCUUCAACCACCACGAGCCCAUUGAGAUCAAUAGCUCGAGCAUACAACAUGUCGAUCUGAAUCCCAUCGAAUCGACGCCGAAAGCUGUUGCGAACGAGGAGCGAGUCCUCAUUUUGACACCUCUACGGAACGCUGCUCCGUACAUUGAGCAACACUUCGACCUUCUCUCCCAGCUGACGUAUCCUCACAAACUCAUCGAUCUGGCAUUCCUCGUGGGCGAUAGUACAGAUGAUACGUUGGCUGUGUUGAGCAUGGAGCUGGAAAGGAUACAGUCGCGGACAGACAACAUGCCAUUCAGGAGUGCAAUGAUUGUCUCCAAGGACUUUGGCGUGGCAGUGGGUCAAGAUGUUGAGAACAGACAUGGUUUCGCAGCACAAGGACCACGAAGAAAAGCUAUGGGCAAAGCCAGGAAUUACCUCUUGUCCGCUGCCUUGAAACCGGAGCACAGCUGGGUGUACUGGCGUGAUGUGGACAUCAAGGACAGCCCAAGCAGAAUCAUUGAGGAUUUUGUCGCGCAUGAUCGUGACAUUCUUGUGCCCAAUAUCUGGUUUCAUCGAUACGAGAAUGGACGCGACAUCGAGGGACGAUUUGAUUAUAACUCCUGGCAAGAGUCAGAACAGGGCCUUAAGCUGGCCAAGUCCCUACCAAAAGACGUCGUGCUCGCUGAAGGCUACAAGGAAUACGCCACUGGCCGCAAGUACAUGGCCCGCAUGGGCGACUGGCGGGAUAACAAGGAUGUUGAGAUUCCCCUUGAUGGUAUCGGAGGUGUCAAUAUCUUGGUGAAAGCUGAUGUUCACCGAUCUGGCAUCAACUUCCCUUGCUAUGCUUUCGAGAACCAAGCCGAGACGGAAGGUUUCGCAAAGAUGGCAAAGGCAGCCGGAUAUGGCGUCUACGGCCUACCGAACUACGUUGUCUGGCACAUCGAUACCGAAGAGAAGCCCGGCAACGCAUGAACAGGAUGAACGAAAGCAAAGUUAAUAUGUCGAUUUCUUCUACUGUGUACACCCAUACACAACUCGUCUUCUUGUCAGCACUGUUAGACCUGCCUCUUCGUUUUUCUCGACAAAUCCCUUUGCAUCUCGCGAAGCGCAGCUCGUCCAAGUGUUGGAGGUUCAGACGCAGCGAAUGAUCAUGCAUGCGUGGCGCCUGAGGAGUCGCUGUUUUGAUUUUAUUUGCCUCGCCGGCUGGUUGGAUUACGGGCGUCUAUGUAUUUUCGGCGAUUUGUUAUGAUGAAGGGCGCUGAAGGAAAGGCAGAGUGGUACAAUAUGGGCGUCAAGUUAUCAACUUUCCUCGGUGGGGACGCGAGGGAGCACACAAGCAGAUUCUGUGCCAGAGCGGGAUGGGUGGAAGGCCUGAAGUUGAACUAUCCUGGUACAGCACGGCGAGGAAUUCGAUGAUCAGCUACGCUGAAGGAGAGAAAGAGUAGGGUGUAUAUAUGUCCGGCGCAAGGUCCAGAGCUGCGUGGAGGGGCGGAGAUAGUGGGCUCUCUUUAUUACAGCUUCAUAUUGGGCAAGGAUACAUUUAACUCAACUACAUCGGAC